UGCAGCUGCUCGGCGAAUGCAUGGCAUAUUUCUCGACAUCACGUAUACUAACGUCGACGGGGGCAGCGAAAGCAUCUUCCUCUUGAGUUCGCCUCGGACGGAGAAGCCUGAAAACCCCACUCCGUUCAUGUUUAAUUUAUAGCUUUAUCCCACAGCAGGCUGCAGUACACCUGAUCGUUUAACGAAACGGCUCGGUGUACGGUCAUAUGAAUAAAAAAGAGAAUAACCCCUUUUACUGAGCGACAGAGACUCACUGUUCAAACAGCAUGAAAUAAUUCCAUUGAAUGAAGGAAUUGGAGCUGGGAAGGACAGCAUGAAGUUACAAAUCUCCGGUCUUUUGCUCGUGAUGGCAGUAGCCUAUGCAACGAUAGAGGCUCCUGAAGAGUAUGUCUCACUAGCUGAGAUGGAGGACACGUUGUUGAGGAAUCUUUUUCGGGGCUAUCAGAAGUGGGUGAGACCUGUCCUUCACGCCAAUGACACGAUUACCGUUCGUUUCGGUCUAAAGAUCUCGCAGCUGGUGGAUGUGGAUGAAAAGAAUCAACUAAUGACUACAAAUGUCUGGUUGUGGCAGGAGUGGACAGACUAUAAACUGCGGUGGAAUCCAGAAGAUUAUGGUGGAAUCACAUCCAUCAGAGUGCCCUCAGAAACGAUUUGGCUACCAGACAUCGUCCUCUAUGAGAACGCUGAUGGCCGAUUUGAGGGUUCUCUAAUGACCAAAGCCAUUGUAAGGUUUAAUGGUACCAUCAUGUGGACUCCUCCUGCCAGCUAUAAAUCCUCCUGUACCAUGGAUGUCACCUUUUUCCCAUUCGACAGACAGAACUGCUCGAUGAAGUUUGGGUCGUGGACAUAUGAUGGCACAAUGGUGGACCUGACCCUGGUGGACGCAUACGUAGACCGUAAAGACUUCUUUGACAAUGGGGAAUGGGAAAUACUCAACGCUACCGGCCAGAGAGGCAGUCGGCGUGACGGCAUUUACUCCUAUCCUUACGUCACAUAUUCAUUCAUUCUCAAACGUCUUCCUCUCUUUUACACACUUUUUCUUAUCAUCCCAUGUCUUGGUCUGUCGUUUCUCACCGUCCUGGUCUUCUACCUCCCCUCGGAUGAAGGAGAAAAGCUUUCCCUCUCCACCUCCGUCCUUGUGUCUCUCACUGUGUUUCUUCUCGUCAUUGAAGAGAUCAUUCCAUCUUCCUCUAAAGUCAUUCCUCUGAUAGGAGAGUAUCUGCUUUUUAUCAUGAUCUUUGUCACGUUCUCGAUCAUUGUAACUGUCUUUGUCAUUAACGUCCAUCAUCGUUCUUCUGCCACAUACCAUCCCAUGGCACCGUGGGUUAAAAGUCUUUUCCUCCAGAGAUUACCUAGACUGCUCUGCAUGAGGGGACACACUGAUCGUUAUCAGUACCCAGACAUUGAGCUGCGGAGCCCAGAGCCAAAAACAGGGAUGAAAAGAGGGCAACAGAAGAGUGCCGGAGGAGGACGAGGGGGGUUAAAAGAAGAUGAGAGCCAUGCCUGGAUUGCUCUGUUGGAGAAAGCCACUUACUCAGUGCACUACAUUUCCAAACACAUAAAAAAGGAACAUUUCAUCAGAGAGGUUGUUCAGGACUGGAAAUUUGUGGCUCAGGUGUUGGACCGGAUCUUCCUCUGGGUCUUUCUGACAGUAUCUGUGCUUGGGACCAUCCUCAUCUUCACCCCUGCUCUGCAGAUGUACCUCAGCACAUCUUAGAGAUUUCCCACGACAUUACAAUUAUCCCACUAAAAGUCCUUUUUUGGCCUUGCCACAUCUAAUCAUCUCCAAAUUCAGCCUCUGUAUCUUCUUCCUAGAUGUUGCAUUCAAUAGUUAGUCUGAAAAUAGCAAAACUCUGAUAAAAUGAGUUUUCUGCCCUUUUAACACAAAACUAAAAGGCAGCUUACACAGUUGAGGGAGUUUGGAUCUGGGUAAAUCUCUCUAAGGGGAUCAUGGUUUGAUAGAUCUUCAAUAAGUUAGAAUUACUCUGUAAAAGGUAUAACCACCUUUUUUAUGCCUCUCAUUUUGCUUUCAGUCUUUUAUUUAUUUCAUGUAAAAAAUGUGUCUUUGUCCAUGUAAGUAAUAUUUUACUUUGUGAUUUUAUGUUUCUUCUCACUAGGUAGCAUACCUAUUCACUUUAUUUAAAAAAAAAAAUGCAGUCUGUUUUCAGUAAAUGUAAUUGUAUCACCAUCAAGAAUAAUGUAAUUAUUCAUUGAUUUUAUUAAUAAUGUAGCGUUCUUCCUGUAAGUCUGGAUGAUGAUAAAUUAUAAUAUUAUCUCUCUUAUUGGCACAGGUGACAUUUACUGUACAGUCUAUCAUCUGUUUUCCUAUUUUUUUAGUACUUGUAUCAUGUCUAUAAUAUCAUCUUUAGUAUCAUGCUUUGGAUGAUAUUAUGUAUAUGUAAAUUUCGUGUCCAUGCGUAAUACAAAGCGCAUGUGUAUGUAUCUAAAAUUUUCCACAAUUUGGAAUUUAAAAAUAAAACUCUGCAAAAUUUUCGCUCUUAUAUUGUUUUAUAAAUCUGCCAUUUAUGCCUAUGUAUAUUUUAUUUUUAUAAGUGUCAACCAUCCUUAUCCCUAAAACCUUGGAGAUUCUGUUCCUGAUUCAAGGGGUGGUGAGAUUAAAUAAUCACAACUUGUCUUUGGCAUCAUUAGCAAGGACUGUAUGUAUUAUGACACCCUUCUUUAUUUCUGUCCAUAGAUACUCUUUUAUCCAAGGUCAGUAAAUGAAGAUGUCGAUUGAACAAAAUAAA